UGUGUAUGUACUGCAACGAGCAUCAAUGACCUAUUAGACAGGCAGAGGAUCGAUUAAGUUUCGGGUAUCUCCGACAAGUACACGAAGACGGAAUCAAAAAGCGGCCAUGUUUGUUGCGGCUAUUCUAGUGACUAUUUUCAAUCUGCCAAAACGGUAUUUUAUGGUGCGUCAUUAUUUCGAAAUAUUUUUUUAUACGAGGAAAAACGUAUGUGCAUCAACGACUGGCAACAUCGGUCAGAUCUAACCUUGCGGAGGCUGUCUUGGCAUGUAACUGUUUGCGGAAGUGUGCCAGAAAUACGGUGCUUUUUGACAGAUCUCUGUCAGCCACAAGGAAGAUUAUGCCUCCCAAAGACCCGCUGCUCGCCACGCUGAAAGUGUGCAUCUUGAGCCUCCAGUCAGAUGCGUCUACCAUCACCGAUGCCAGUCUUCAGCUCUCCUCCUGCUGCCAGUUACUGGAGCUCAUAUUUCGUAAAGGGCUACAGCAGCCAGUCCUGGGGUUUGUGCGUAGGGAUUACUGGCAUUGCGUGGAGCAGCUCCUCCAACAGGACACGUGCAGUGGGUUGAGUCCUCUCUCGAUGGCAGUGGAGCGGACAUCCGCCUGCAGGAAGCUGCUGACUGCUCAGGGCAGGGGGCGCUUCUUCCUGAGGCUGGCGCUCAGCCGGAGGAUUUUGGGCAGUGUCGUCCAGCACAUGCUGCACACUCCCAAGGUGUUAGAGUGGUACAAUCCUGCCAUUUCCAUCUUUAGGAAUGAGGAGCUUGUGGAACCUUUCCUGUCUCUUUUGCUGGUCCUGUCAGAGAUGGAUUUCAAACUCAACAUUGAGAACAGCAGCUUCUUGGAUGAGAGUUGGCUUUUGCCGGUGUGCGAGGUGUAUGAGGCAGUGCCAUGCCGGGAAUUAGGGAUGGUGCUUAGGUACCUUGGUGGUCGUGUCUUUGUGUUGGAUCUAAUAGAGGGCAGCCAAGCGCAGGUAGACAGGUGUGUUCAACCAGGUGACGUCAUUGAUGAGAUCAAUGGAAUAUCCCUCAGAAACGCCAGCAAUGGACAGGCAGGUGUGGUAUUGGCUCGGUUGAAGGGUCGCCCGUUGUCUCUGCGUUUUCUCCGAUGGAGGCAGAAGGAUGGGACAGUAUACACACCCUUGGUCAAACUCCUGCAAGCCCUCCAGCAAGAGAACCCAUCCCUGCAACUGAAACCCACCCAAAUGCCCCACCAACAGGGUUGUGAGGGUCACCAGCAGGUGCAGUCGCAGUGCCUUAAAGAGGGCAGGAUCGUGUACAUUGUGCAAUACCUUGGAAAGGCAAACAUUGGAUUGUAUGGGGGGAAAGAAGUGCUGCAGCAGGGCAUUCCCCUGGUCCUGGAGAAGAACCACCCCAGUAAGACAGUACUGUUUGAUCUGAAGGAAACUCACUUGACCUGCACUGAGAAAUCAAACAAGCAAGAACUCUUCCAGCAUCACUACCCAGAGAUUUCAUGUGUGGGGAGAUACAGUCAACCUAAUUACAACAUCUUUGCCUUCUGUGUGGCAGACUGCCCGGAGACCCCUGAAUCAAAUGGCUUCUGUUGUGUGGUUCUGCAGGCUGGCUCUGCCAGGGAGUGUGAAGACAUUGUCAGUCGUAUUGCCACUGGGUUCAAGCACACGGAGUGGUUCGUGUGACUCCGCCCUCCAGGAUUCUGCCAGUCUGGCCAAUGAAUAGUGACCUUUGCAUUCCAUUUGCCUCAGGAACAACGUCCCCUUUGAAGACCUUCGUAAUGUCUUGAUUAGCAGCAGACAGCGCUUAAAAUGAUGUGGUUUUUUCUGGACUAAUACACCUCCUUAGGACUCAAUGUACUACAUUCAAUUGCCAUUGUAUUUUACUGCUUAGAAAACCUUUAAAGGAAGGAUUCCAUGUUUACAAAAUUCACCCAAUAGCUGCUAAGAGCCAAUGGUGAACAAUGUAUAACAUCAGUAUUGAGGAAUGAUGUGGAGGCUUCAGCAAGUGUAUCUUUGCGAUUCAAUGUUAACGGCCAGUGUUUUGUUUUUGUACAUCACAUUAGAACAGUGAAAGCUGUACGGGACCCAAGUGGUUUGUCCCACAACUUAAUGACAGUCCGGUCAACUCAAUUUCACCAAAACUGUAAUGUUAGCACUUAAUGCAUCAAUUGUUCUGUAAACCAUAAAAGUGAUUAAAAUAU